GGCCAAAUACCACAUUGAAACCACCCAAUGCAUCGCUUCAUUCAACCACGACGACUCUAUUCAACCGCACGUAGUUUUGCACCAGGUUUUGAACCACCUGUAGGCAGCCGAGAAACGCCCAAAAUAGUACCAAAACGACGCAAUCCCGCCAGUUCAUUACCGUCUCACUUGGGCAAUGCCAAAAAAAACACCACCACAACUGUCACCACUAGCCCCAAGAAACACCAUCGCGAACAAUUACGUCAGGCACGUCACGAAUACGCACAAGAACUCUUGACAAAGCAUGGCAAACGUGAAGCAACAGCCGCAACAAAACGUGCUGAAAAUGAAGAGCGAAUGCAACAAGAGAAACAAGCAUUGGCAGCAGAACGACAACACGCUUUAGAACGCGAGGCACAAUUGGUCAACUUGUUGAACUUGGAUUUGGCAAGCAACAGCACCACAGCCACCCGGGAUUCAUCAAACCGUCAAGCUGUGCGUGACCAGAACCGUGUGGCCCAUCAAGAAUUGUUGCGCGAACAACGUCGUAAAGAAUUGUUGAAAUUGUAUAGCUCGGCCGAAAGUUUUGUCACGUUGGAGAAUUUGGAUGCCAAGAUCGAGGCUGCGUUGUCUACGAAGCCUCAUCCAUCAUACCAUACGAGCUUGGAGGAAUAUAUCUUGACCUCGACGUCAGAAUCGUCCGAGGUGGAGAGAAGAAAGGAGGUCAUCAAGGAAGCCAUGGGAUUGUAAAGUUAUUGUGGUGGUUCCUGGUUUUUCUUUCUUUCUUUUAUAUAUAUAUAUAUAUAUAAAUAUGUAUCAUUUCUAUUGUUUGUUUGUUUUUUGUUUUAAUAUGAAACGCUUUUUAAAAUAU